GAAUAUACAAGGUGCUUAAAGAACAACUCAGCAAUCAAUAUGGCAACAGAAACCGAUCAAGAAUUAAUAAUUUAUGGGGGUGAUAUAGAAGUGCCACCAUGUGAAAGAAAUUUUUCACAAUAUUUGUUGGAUAAAAUGUUGCAAAAUUCAAAUAAAAUUGCACAGAUUGAUCCUGUAAAUAAAACAACUCAAACGUUUGGUCAAAUGAGAGUGAAUUCAAUUCGUUGUGCAUUAAAAAUGAAAGAAGAUGGCUUAAAGCGUGGAGAUAUUAUAAUGAUUUGUGGACGCAUUCAUUUGGAUGUGGUUGUUCCAUUAUUGGGUGCUAUGUAUUUGGGUGUAACAAUUAUUCCAUUACAUCCUGAUUAUUCAAGAAAUGAAAUUUUACGAAUGAUAAAUUUGACCGAACCAAAAAUAAUAUUCUGUGAUCAAGAAUGUACAAACUUAAUGUCAGAACUCUCCACUGAAGCUAGAUUACAAUGUAAAAUCGUUACAUUUGAAACGGAUUUUAAGGAAUAUUUAAAACAACAAAAGCCAACUGAAGAGGAUAGCUUUGUAACAGAAAUUGUGGAUGUUAAUAAUGAUAUAUUGUGUAUUGUAUGCACUAGCGGGACAACAGGACUUAUAAAAGGCGUUACCAUAAACCAUAAUGCGUUUUACAUGGGAAUGGAAAGAAUGCCAGGCGCUGGAUUUAUUUUAGAAAGCGACAGUCCAAUAUUAUAUUACUCUCCAAUAUCCUGGAUUGGGGCUACAAUAUUAUUAAGCGCUUCAAUUUUGAAUGGAGUUUCACGAAUAGUUUGUGAAUACACCCCAACACGAAAUUUGGAAGUUAUUUUGGAGUACAAUAUCAAAUGGAUAUUUAUGAUCCCAAUAAAAGUUCUUGAAAUGGUAAAUCAUCCAUUAUUUAAACAAAAUGUAUCCAAAAUAUCGAAAAAUUUAAAAUAUCUCUUAUUUGGUGGAGCCCCAUCUUUGGAAAAGCAUGUACAAGAGUAUCAUAAAUUAUUUCCAAAUACAUUCAUUUUUAAUGGUUACGGUAGCACAGAAAUUGUUGGUUCUUAUGGACUUUUUGUGAGAAAUAAACACGAAAGUCUUGUGAAAAGAAAAAUAAUGUCAUCUGGUCAAUUAAUUAAUGGAAUUUAUUGGAAAGUAAUCGAUCCAGAAACUGGAAAAACUCUUGGACGAAAUCAAGAAGGAGAGCUAUGUUCCAAAGGUCCACUUUUAACUAAGGGAUAUUAUAAAGAUCCAGAAGCAACUGCAAAAGCAAUUGAUAAAGAUGGAUGGUUCCAUACUGGAGAUAUUGUUAAAGUGGAUGAUGAAGAUUGUUUAUUUAUUGUGGGUCGUUACAAGGAAUUACUCAAAUACAAAGGGUGGCAGGUUUCACCGAAUGAGUUAGAAAAUGUUAUACGAAAACAUCCUGCUGUUGAAGAUGUUUGUGUAAUGGGUAAACAUCAUGAAAUUGAUGGUGAUUUACCACUAGCAUUUAUUGUGAAAAAGGAAUCAGCCAAAAAUGUUACAGAAGAUGAACUUAUUGAAUUUGUUAACCAACAAGUUGCUGAUUGCCAAAAGUUACGUGGUGGAGUAAUUUUCUUGGAUGCAUUCCCAGUUGCUCCUACUGGAAAAAUAGCAAAAAAUGCUUUAAAACAAUUAAUAAAGUAAUUAUAAUUCAUAAUUUAAUAAUUUUAACUAGACAGAUUUCAGAUCUUUAUAUCGAUUUAUUUCGCAACAAUGUUUUGUCUUUGUGAGAUGUUAUUAAAAAAAUAUACUUUGAUUAUAUUUUACAAAUUGGGCACAAUUGAAAUCGGGUAAACAUAGAAAAUUCAUAUUAUUGCAAUU